AUGGCUAAUCCGUUGGCUAUUUUACUUGUAAUUGCACAUCCAGAUGAUGAAACAUUAUAUGCUGGAUUUUUACAUGCUAUGGUGCAUAAAUUGAAAGCGACGUUGGAUUUAUGUUGCGUUACCAACGGUGAAGGUGGUUUUCGUUAUUCACAACCAUGUGAAAGUAUAUAUGGGCUAAAUUUGUCUAAUGAAACGAUUGCUCGAACUCAUUUACCAAGAAUUCGUCAAGAAGAAUUACAAGCAAGUGGUAAAAUAUUGGGCGUUCGAAAAUAUUUUUAUAUUUCACAAAAAGAUUUAAAAUAUAGUCGGGAUAUCAAGUCGGUAUUUGACGAACAAUGGGACAAAGAUCUAAUUAUUAGAUAUUUAUGUAAUAUUAUACGCACCGGAAAUAGCGAAACUGGCUAUGAUAUUAUGUUAGUUAUGUUACCAAAUGUAGAAUCUCAUGGCCAUCAUACGGCAUCAGGAUUAUUAGCGUUAAGCGCCAUUGAUAUUUUACAGAAGAAUCAAAAGUUAGACACAAAUAUGAAACAUGCAUCGAACAAAAUCCCAAUUGUUCUCGGUGGUAGUGAAUUUAGUCUGGCAGGAACAAAUUUAAACGAUACAGAUAUCAAAGCACAACUUCCAGAGAAUGAAUUAUGGUACAAAAAUAUGAUAACUCAAAUUUAUCCACAAUAUCCAUUGACGAAACUACAUAAAACAUCACCCAUAUUUUUAUUUCAUCGUACGUGGAAAUUAUCGACUAAUUUUGAUGAUAAUCCUUUUCAUCCAAAUUAUCAUCUUAUUCUUCUAUGGAUGUGUGCAGCUCACAAAUCACAAGGAAGUCUAAUCAACGAAACACAAACAACAUUAGCCAAAGAUAUUGAACAAUAUUUUUAUUUUCAGUUAAAUGACGAAACUAAUAUUCAAAAUAUUCAGGAUAUUUUUAUCAAACUCAAAGCAGAACAUAAUACCAAGUAA